ACCAAAAACAACAAACCAAUCCCACAAUUUCCCGACGGUGAUGUGCCACAUCUGGCUUUUCGUCUGCACAAACUGCACCGCCCACCCACCCGUGCCCAACGCACCUACCCCCUUCCCAGCAACCUCAGUCAGCCGCUCUAUCACACACCAGCUCUGCUCUACAGCCUCUUGCCACAGCCGGUCCUUAUCAACGCUGCCCACCCGGCGGAUAAGCGCAACGACGCAAAUAGCAUGUUUGCUGCCGACUCGCUAAACGAAUUCGGUCUGCGGGAUGCAUCCUGGACGGAACUGAAAAAGGCCUCCACCUUCGAGAGCAGGGAUCCAUGCAAACCGCCCACCCUCCCGAUAUACGAUGCCGGCUACAUGGUGGACGUAGUCGAAAUGGACGGUCGAACCGUCGUUCCCCCUAAACGGGCCGCGUAUCAGACACAGUAUGGCGAGUGCUGCAAGCAACAUUCCGCAAUUUGA